AAAUUAAUUCAACCACACCUACCUUUGAUGAGUGUGAGAGAGGAGAAGGAAAUCAAAGCAACAAAAAUGAAGGCAAUUGUAAUAACAAAACCAGGUGAACCUGAAGUUCUACAACUUCAAGAGGUUCAAGACCCUCAAAUCAAAGACGAUGAAGUCCUCAUCAAAGUUCACGCCACUGCCCUUAACAGAGCUGAUACCCUUCAGAGGAAAGGCGCUUAUCCUCCCCCUCAAGGUGCUAGCCCUUAUCCAGGUCUUGAAUGUUCCGGAAUUAUUGAAUUCGUUGGCAAAAACGUCUCCAAGUGGAAAAUUGGUGAUCAGGUAUGUGCUCUUCUAGCUGGAGGUGGAUAUGCUGAAAAAGUUGCUGUUGCUGAGGGACAAGUUCUUCCGGUUCCACCCGGGAUUUCUCUGAAGGAUGCAGCUAGUUUUCCUGAGGUUGCAUGUACUGUGUGGUCAACUAUUUUUAUGACAAGCCGGCUAUCUAAGGGCGAAACCUUGUUGAUUCAUGGAGGUUCAAGUGGAAUCGGAACAUUCGCAAUUCAGAUAGCUAAGUACCUAGGAUCAAGAGUAUUUGUUACUGCAGGAAGUGAAGAGAAGCUAGCUUUUUGCAAGAGUAUUGGAGCUGAUGUUGGUAUCAAUUACAAAACAGAGGACUUUGUAGCAAGGGUAAAGGAAGAAACUGGUGGACAAGGUGUCGAUGUUAUUCUUGAUUGUAUGGGAGCAUCCUACUAUCAAAGAAAUCUUGCUAGCUUAAAUUUUGAUGGAAGGCUUUUUAUUAUCGGCUUUCAAGGAGGUGUUUCUACAGAGCUAGAUCUACGUGCUUUAUUUGGCAAGCGUCUCACUGUACAAGCGGCUGGCUUGCGAAGUAGAAGUCCUGAAAAUAAAGCUGUGAUCGUUGCUGAAGUGGAGAAGAAUGUUUGGCCUGCAAUUGCAGAAGGUAAGGUUAAGCCUGUGGUCUACAAAUCUUUCCCCCUUUCUGAAGCUGCGGAGGCUCACCGGCUUAUGGAAAGCAGUCAGCAUAUUGGAAAGAUAUUGCUUGUGGCAUGAAAACAUUGUAAAUACUGAUCGAUGUACUCGACAUGACACACUUUUGGAUGAUUUGAGUUUAGACCUUCUGUGUUCUAACCUCUGUGUUGAAUAAAGUUGUAGUUUACAAUUACAUCUAAAUGCGUUAUUAAUUGUGUACUAGUAGGGAUCAUAUUUUAAUUUCA